AUGGGUAGACUCCCUCUGAGCCAGUCAUACACUGCUGGUCUCACUCAGAGCAACUCCCAGAACUCCGGUCUUUCGCUCAUGAGCCCUGGAGACACUCCUCACGAGAUUGCCGCUCCUCGCGCUCGAGUUCCUUUCUCCAGCCCUCUUGCCAACGGGCGUCUGACUGAGCCUCGAAACUACGCUCCUCGCACUUCGGGUCAGCCUAUUCAGAGUCUGCCCCCUCCUCGCUUCAACCUGAACUUGGAAUCGAUUCCUGCUGUGUCUGAGAAUAUUCCUCAGGAGACGUCCCAGGACCCCUUUGGAAGUCCUGCUCCUUCUGAUGCUACUUCUCUGAUCCCGUUCCCUAAUUUGCCACCUCCCACUGUUCAGAUGGCAAUGUUGGACAAUACGCAGCUCGAUCGGGCUAUGGAGAUGGCUCUCAUCAAGGCUAACGCUCCCAAGUCCGACAAGCUUCACCAGCUGACGGGCACGUACACGGGCUUUCCCAGUCUUCAUAUGGCUCUUAACGCGAACUACUUCCCAUUCAUCGAUGGUCCUAGCUCAGCUAAGCCGGUCACCUACGGUGUCAUCCGCCUGAAGAACAUCCCUUUCUCUACCAAGCGUGCAGAGGUCGUGGCUUUCAUCGGCCGCAAUAGCAAGAUGCUCAAUGAUGCCGACGAGCCGGUGCACAUCAUCAUGGACCGCGCCACGUCCAAGACCAUGGACGCAUUUGUCGAGUUCCAAACCAUGGAGGACGCGAUCCGCUGUGCUGAGCGCCACCACCAGUUUGCUCAGUCCGGACGUGUCAGUCGUCUUGGUGAUCGUCCCAUCGAGGUUGAGUUGUCCAGCCAGGCCGCUCUCAUGAGAGAGCUCUAUCCUCUCGCUCGUGGCGUUUUCUGGGAUGGUGCCACUCCCAACAUCUUGCCUCCUUGUUCUCGUGAGCCCUGGGGCAACUUCAAGGGUUUCAUUUCCUGCGAGGAAAUGGUUAUGCUUGUCAAGCAUGUCGAGGUUCCUCACCGAUCCCCUUUCUCCAAGGAGUGCCCCCAGCGCCCUUACGAGUGCCUCAUCAGCACUCUUGGCAAGUUCCCCUGGUUCGCCACUGACUUCAUCACCCUUGCCCAGCGUGGUGCCAUGUACAAGGCCAGCUUCAAGCUGAUCCGUCUGCUUACCGGGGCCGUUUCCCGAAACGAUGAUCCGGUCAACCUCAACCACCAGCUUUUCCGACGCGUUGUUGCCUCGGUCAUGAAGUGCAAGGGUUUCACCGUUCUUCAGAAGGACAACAUUGCGUUCCUGGUCCAGAUGGGUCAGGCAGAGAUGCGCAUGUACCACCAGCCCGAGAAUGCCAGCUCCUGGGUUCACCAGUACUCAGUUACGGCCAAGCCUGGUUGCCCUCAAGAUGUUCUUGAUUGGUACAUCCGAAUCAUUCGCGAGCAGUCGACUCGAGAUGUCCUUGUCCGCCCCAUUUCUGAACGCACCGCGAUUCAGGAAACCCUCAAGGACACGGAUGAGUACUGGGGAUACUUCUUCCAGGAGGUGGGGUACACCCAGGGCCCAGAUUUCGACUACAUGACCCUCAAGCAGUGCGCCUUUCUGGAGUUCUCUGCUAUCGAGCGUCUUCUCACUCGAGCCCUUGGCCACCAUUAA